GUACCUGAAGUAUUAUUUUAUUUUAUUUUAUUUUAUUUAUGGUACCCGUCAUAAAGGUGGGUCCGCGAAGUCGGAAUUUUCACCUACCGACAUAGAGAAUGAAUUGGACUCGUCAAUGCGUGUGUUAGGUAAAUUUAAGAUAAAAGAUAAUAUUGUGGACAAUCUUGUAUAGAGUCUUAUAUCUCUCUAUCUCAGCCGUAGUCGCCAUCGAAGCACAAUGGCGACAAAGUUCUUCCGAAUAGGGAAGAAGCAAGUCUUCUUACCCGAUCACACCGUCGCCUUCCUACGACCGCGAGAUAACCAACCUCCAAACUUCGCUACGUUCAGGGUACCUCUAACGUUCAACAAGUUUGACUUGCGCGACUACCUGCUGCACGCAUAUAAUGUGCCGACACUAGGCAUACGAUCGCAGCUGACGCAGCGCCGGCCGCGGCGCUCUAAGAUGCACCAUCGCAUCUACCGGCCGCCACCGGUCAAGACGAUGACAGCGGAGCUGCACCAGCCGUUCAAGUGGCUCGAUGCCCCGGAGAACCUGGACGUAUGGAACCCACCGAUGCUGGAGAGGCGGCGCAAGGAGCAGGAGAGGCAGGAGAAGUGGCAGAAGACCGCUGAAAAGAAGGGCACGUUCCCCCUAAGAGACGAGCAAGGCGCGUCGAAAUCUAGAGUUGCGCUGAAGCAGGAGGCGAAGAGGUUGCUGAGGGAUGGGAACUGGGAGAACGAUAGGGAGUUAGACCCCAAGUUCAAUCGGAGGGAGUGAAUGUGAGGAGGAUAAAAGGAAAAAAUAAAAACUUGAAUUCUCAAGCAUGAAGGAGGGGAGGGGACGGGGCAAUGGUUAAGGACUCUAUUCUGUGGGCAUGAUGGAGGACGACU